GUCCCGGUGGUGGAAGUCUCAGUCCUCGGCUCCUAACCCUAAACCCGCUCGUCCCGGGGACAUUUACCGAACUCUAACCGUGGCAUGACUCGCUCAGAGACGCACUGUCUUAUCUCAGCGGAGAAUUAAUCGCCCGUCCAAGCGGCCCCGAAGAACGAUGCCAGGUCUGCAGGGGGAGGAUGUGGUGGCGGCGCUGGGGAGCCCCAUCAAGAAGAGCAAACUGUCUCUGAGGUUCUUCCAGAAGAAGGAAGCCAAACGGGUGCUGGAUUUCUCGGAGCCUCCAGCAUAUGAACCCAAAUCGUCUGAACCAACAGAGCCUGAGGACAGCGGUGAUCAGGUGGUUCCUGAUCCUCCUGUGUGUCCAGAGUCACCUGGUCUCCUCCCGUCAGGUGAAAAGAGGGAGAACUUGGUUCCAUUUGUGGGCUUCAACAACCUGGGAAACACCUGCUAUUUGAACAGUAUCUUACAGGUUCUGUACUACUGUCCAGGACUCAGAGGAGGCAUAAAGAAACUCUACGAACUGUCUAAAAGAAAAGACAAACCAAAGGAAGAAACGGAUACAAGUGAAGAGCAGCCAGAAGAUGUAGCCGAGUCCUUGCCAGCUCACUUCGAGCUGUUGCAAAGCUUCAACAGUCUGAUCACGUCAGUGGAGCAGCUGCAGUCCAGCUUCCUCCUCAACCCGGACAGCUUCAGUGACGGAGAGCUCUCCACCCCCCCGCGGAAAAUCCUGAACACACUCAGGCAACUGAACCCCAUGUAUGAAGGCUAUCUUCAGCAUGAUGCCCAGGAGGUGCUGCAGUGCAUUCUGGGAUACAUCCAAGAGACCUGUGACACCCUCAGGAAGGAGCAGGAGGUAGAAAAGGAGGAGGAGAAGGAGGACGCGACAGAAGUCAAACUGGAGAGUGGUGAUCACUUGGGUUCCAGCGACUCAGACGCUGCUGUAGCGGAUCCCUCAGAAGGCCAAACCUCCACAGACGAGGACGGACAAGUCACUGGCAAGAGAAAGAGUGACACCGAGGUGGGAAAUGCCAAGAAGAAGCCAAAAUCUGUCAAGUCUAAGAAGUCUGAUGUGGAGGAAGACAACAGUGGGAGAAAUCCACCCUUCACCCGCUCCAAAAGGAAGUCCUCCAGUGACGACACGGUGGACAGUGCCCAAGAAAAAGGCGGAGAGAAGGAAGCAGAGGAGGAGGAGGCGGUGAAAAAGCUAGAUGGGAAGGAGGAUGGAGGGAGUGAUGGUGAGGGGAAAGGUGAAAAGACGUCUAAAGAGGCAGAGGGGAAGAGGAAGAAACGCUCUAAGCUGAGCUGGUUGCGGCCUUCUGGGAAACAGCCAAGUAUUUUCUCCAAAUUCCUCAGCGUGGGGAAGAUCAGCUCCAUUAACACCAAGAACCAGAUUAAGGUGGAGCCGGAGAACGGACAGAGCGACGAGCAAAGUCCGAAAGAGAAGAGCAGUGAUGAGAAAUCACCACAAAAGCUGGCUGAGGAUGAGACAGUGAAACAUCAAGACGGCCUGGACCUGUUGGAGCGCCUGUUCCAGGGUCAGCUGGUUCUGAGGACUCGUUGUCUGGAGUGCGAGAACUUCACGGAGAGGAGAGAGGACUUCCAGGACAUCAGUGUCCCCGUGCUCGAUGAGCAACCCGGCAGCCCGGACGAUCUCCCAGAUGUCUCUCCGGACCCCAAACCAGAGCUGAGGACACUGAAAUGGGCCAUUGGCCAGUUUGCUUCAGUGGAGCGCAUCGUGGGAGAGGACAAAUACUUCUGUGAGACUUGUCUUCACUACACAGAGGCCGAGAGAAGUCUUCUGUUUGACAAGACUCCUGAAGUCGUCACCAUUCAUCUGAAACGCUUCUCUGCCAACAGCCUAGACCUGGACCCAUACGCUGGCCUCUCUAAGGUGAACACUCCCUUGCAGACUCCUUUUACCUUGUCUCUGGACGAGUGGUGCACACGUCCCUCCACCAAAGGGCAACACUACCAGCUGUUUGCUGUGGUCAUGCACAGCGGUGUCACCAUCAGCAGUGGCCACUACACCGCCUACGUCCGCAUGUCUGACCUGAAAGACGUGGAGCUCUGGCCGCAGGGCGGAGAGGAAACGGAAAAGGGGGAAGAGGAGGAAAAGGACAGCAAAGAGGAAGUGCAGGUGAAGGAGGAGGCGCUGGACUACAAUGAUGGGGAAGUGUCCUUCAGCCUGAGGACGAGGGGACAGAGAGGUGCGAGUUUGGCGAGCAGCAAGGCGGGGGGCAAAAAGUCCGAGGGUGUGGUGGGACUGCUGGGCGGCCAGAGGAGUUUGACCAGCUGCGAGCUCGGGAGCAGCAGCAGCAAACACACGGAUAAAGCCGCCAGCAGUUCAGCAACCGAGGGAUCGAAACGCAGGAAGACGAUCAACAGUCAUAAAAAGGAGCCUGAGGAAGGAGAGGAGGCAGUGCUGCCCCCUUGUGGUGGGGCGGGGGCGCUGAACUCCCUCCAGGAGUACGAAGGCAAGUGGAUGCUGUUUGAUGACUCUGAGGUGCGUUUGUUUGAGGAGGAGGAGUUCCUCCGCGCCUGCUCUCCAGAGACCAGCUCCUCAUCAACGCCUUACCUGCUCUUCUACAGAAGGAUCCCUGAACCUGGAUGCUAACACAAGGACUCAAGGUGGGGGAGGAGUGCUCGGAAAGAGAAAAGACAGUUGUAGUUUUUUGCAAUACUACAAAUUCUGCCCAAAAUACUCUGGUUGCCAUAUUUAGAACCUGAGCAGAAGCUACCUUUCAGGCCAGAAACCAUGGACUCAAGUUUGGGUUAGAAAUCAUAUAUUUCAGGAAUGACUCGACUUGUCUUUCUACGUGUCAGGGAUGACUGGCUUUUUGAGACUUUUUUUUUUUUGUACACGUUUUUUCUGUCCAUAGUGUUUCUAUGACACCGUCAUUGUCUUUUCCAUGUCCUCCUUUUUUCCCCAUUUUAUCAGUCAUUGAGUUUCUAUGGUUCCCUUUUACAAAAUGGAAAAGCACUUUUAAACAAACAUGUCAUCAAGCGAAAAUCUGAAAUGCUGGAAAAUGCUUUUUCCGAGCUGAAAGUGUCUCUACAUUGUAUGAAAUUGGCUGCAGAGUAAACUGUAAUUCGGUCACAUCAUGCAGCCACAAAAAAAAUAAAAAAAAUCUUCUCCAUUCACACACUGAAGCAAUCCGUUCAAUAAGCCUUUAUUCACCUAUCACAGACAUAUCACUGACAUAUUUUUGUAUGAAGCCUGAUAUUGAUGGGAUCAAUGCUUGUAAACCCUGGAGUUUAUGCAACACAAAAGCAGCAGCAGAUAUUUACAUAAAACACAAACAUAUCUAAUGUACAACAAGCUUGCACAUAUUUUCUUGGCGCUGCAUUUUCAAGACGCUGAUUCAGUUUGAGUAAAAUGUUCAUAACAUUUCUUCAGUAAGCUGUUAGGGGUUGUUAUAAGAUAAGUUCAGUGAGGUUAUGAAAGCCUUGUUCAUCUUUCACUUCUUAUUUAGUGUGUAACUAAAACUUCUCAUAUUUGGAUGUGAAAUGUUUUACAGUUUAGUUACUUAUAUUCAGGUUGUUCAGCUGUAUUUCUGUUUUAUGCUGUGAGGAGAAGGACGGGUCAGAGACUGGAGACGUUAAGUGUCAUUUCUUUGACGCAUGAGAAACCACAUAUUUCUCAUAUGUCAGAACAUUGUGUAUUACAGAGAACUAAAGAAACCAAACAUUUAAAUAUCUCAAAAACAAUGAAUCAAUUAUCAAAAUAGAUGCAGAUCACUUUUUGUGGAUAAAGAUCUUAGCAGCAGUACAGCUUGUCUCCAGUUGUUUCUGUUUAGAUUUUAUUCAUUUUGUUCAAGGAAUUAUUUCAUGAGAAAAAGUUUGAAAGUCCUGUGUUUGCUUUCCACCUGCAUACCUGCUCAUUUCCAGCAUUAGCAGUUUAAAGGUUUUAAUGUUUUGUUCUGCACUCAGACUCCAAAAUGUCUCUGAAAUUACAAUUGAUCACAACUAUAUUUUGUUUUGUUCUAAAUCAUUGGUUUAUUGACAGUAUCCCAUUCGCGUUUUAAUAAUAUGGAACCAGGUCAUAAGCUAAACCUGAGCUGAACAAUGUCUCCUUAUACAGAAUGUGUCCAGAGGAUUGACUCAGUUCUAAUUCAGCUGUUUUUCAGGAGAAAUAUAUCAUGAGCAAAGUUUCCAAUGCAGGUCUUUGUGUUCAACAAAAUGCUUGUUGACUUGUUUUCAUAGAUGAAACCAGUCAAAGUAAGUUUGUCCUUUAAACUGUACCUCAUCCCAAAUGUAACUAUUCAUGUUGGCAGUGUGGUACCGUGACCAAUAAAGUUUUUACCUUUACCAAAUGUG